UUUGUGCUUUUCUUUUUUCUAUGUGGAAUCUGGAUCCUGUUGUCACUAUCGUGAAUACUGCUCUUAUUUAUUCAUUAAUGUCUUCAUUCAUUAUUAUUUCCUCUUGUUUUUCCCUCUUCGAAUUUUAAGUUUUAAUCUUCCUCCCUUGCUUGCUUUGAAUCGACAAUGCCGUGGUGGGAUUUCCGAUCUGUAUUCUUUUUCAAGAAUUUCAGAUGCUUUUCGCAUUCUCAGAACGGAUCAAGUCAAAGGCCAGAUACUUCUGCUGGAUUUUCUCAAUUGUUUCUGCCGCUGAUAAUCCACAAGAAACACCAGGGCAGAAUGAGGGAUGCCCAUCCUGGAUCACAUACUGUGAGGUCUCAUGGUAUGACGGUGGCAUCGCAUACUGUGAGGUCUCAUGGUAUAACAGUGGCAAGGACUCAUUUAAAUGACUGGCUGAUCCUAAUACUACUUUUGGCGAUAGUUGUCCUUCUGAAUGCUAUCCAUCCGUUUUAUCGGUUUGUUGGGAAAGACAUGAUGGAAGACCUCAAGUAUCCGUUAAAAAGUAAUACCAUACCUAUUUGGGCUGUGCCAGUGUAUGCUGUUCUGUUGCCUAUGCUUGUCUUUCUGCUCCUUUAUUUUCGGCGAAGAGAUGUCUAUGAUCUUCAUCAUGCCAUAUUAGGGCUUUGGUUCGCUGUUCUGGUAACAGCUGUUAUCACAGAUGCUAUAAAAGAUGCAGUAGGACGGCCUAGACCAGACUUCUUCUGGCGCUGUUUUCCAGAUGGAAAAGAAGUUUACGAUAACUGGGGAGAUGUUGUGUGCCAUGGUGACAAAAAUGUUGUCAGGGAAGGGCAUAAGAGUUUUCCAAGUGGUCAUACCUCCUUGUCCUUUGCUGGUCUUGGCUUUCUAUCGCUUUAUUUAUCUGGCAAGAUACAAGUCUUUGACUGUAGAGGACAUGUUGCUAAACUGUGUCUCGUAUUACUUCCUCUUGUUCUUGCAUCUCUGGUUGCCAUUUCUCGGGUGGAUGACUAUUGGCAUCAUUGGCAGGAUGUGUUUGCUGGAGGUCUAAUUGGUCUUGUAGCAGCAGCAUUAUGCUAUAUGCAGUUUUUCCCACCUCCAUAUCAUGAUCAAGGCUGGGCAACCUACGCUUACUUCCGGACGCUGGAGGAGUCCGAGGGAACUGCAGAAGCUGCUGAUGGUGAAAAUGCCAACGCAAAUAAUACACGCAACGCAGAGGUUCAAAUAGAAAGUCGACAGACUGAUAGAAACAACAACACGUUUACGGGCAUUUCUUUGUCCGGAGAUUCUGGUCCAACCGUGGAAGACCUAGAAUCUGGGAGAAGGUAGUUUAGGUUCGAGGCAAUUGAUAGUUGGAACUUGGAAUGGCGCAAACAAACACUGCCAGAGUACAUGUUUGAUAUUGCACCAAAUGACCUCUUUUGUCAUACAUGGGAUAGACUAGAUUUUAUUCUUGCCACACUGAUCACAGGGCAUAUGCUAGCAUGUAAAAAAUUCAUCUUUUCUUUCUUGUUGUUCAAGUUUCUCCCACUGUUAUAGUAUUUUAGUUGAUAGAUGUAUGAUAGUGUUACAUGUAACAUCAGUUUAGAGGGAACUGACUUAACAACAUUUUUGUGAAGCCCAAAGUGAGAUUAUAACAAAAUUCUCUUUUAC